AUGACAGAUUCCGCUUCCAUUAAGGCUCAAAUUCAGAGGUACCUAGUGGAGACAGGUAACUAUAAAAAAAUUUCCCAAAAACUGUCUGAAAACUUGCUGCAAGAAGGUUGGAUAGAUAGAGUGAAAAGAAUGACGAAAGAAGAAAUUGAAAAAACCAAUGGGACCUUGAAUUAUAACGAACUUUUAACAAAGAUUGAAGGAGAGGCCUUAAAUUUAGUGUCAAGUUCAACGAAAGAGGAGGCAUUACAACAAAUCAGAACUUUCCUAAGUGAAAUUGUUGAGACAGAGUAA